AUGCCGAUCGAAAGUCAUGGUGGCGCCAUUGAGAUGUUCCGCUAUAAAUUUGGGUGCUGUGGUGUUCCCAGCCGGGAGUCCUUGAAAACGGCAGAGAGCCCGCGAAACAUGUCCCCUUCCAAAGUUGUUACUGAGACAUUUCAUGAUGAUAUCCCGAUUUUAAUCGUCGGGGGCGGACCAUCAGGUCUUUUACUCGCGCACAUGCUAUCUCGUCUUAAUGUGCAAACACUUAUCGUCGAGAGAUACGCGACACGUCUCGCUGCGCCUAAAGCUCACGCAUUAUCACCCCGCUCUCUAGAAUUAAGUCGCCAAUUCGGACUAGACGUCAACGAGGUCCGCCGGCUUGGGACUUCACGCGAGGAUGCGUACUGGGUCAAUUUCAUCACCAACCUCAGUGGAAAGCAGGUCGGGCGGUUACCGUACGAGCGGAUGGACCCAGAAGUCAUUGAUGCAACUCCCACUAUGAUUCAUAAUAUCCCGCAGCCCGAUUUUGAGGAACUGGUCGCUCAGAAUCUCAAAGAGAGUCCGCUCAACGAGAUUCGAAAGCAUCACUCCUUUGUUCGAUUAGAGGAGCAUGACGACUACGUCUUAACGACCGUGGAAGAUCGGAGUUCUGGCCGCGAGUAUGUCGUCAGGUCUAAACACGUUGUUGCCUGCGAUGGGGCCAAGAGUGCUGUUAGGCGAUUCCUCGAGGUCGAGAGCGAAGGAGAGGAUUCUUACGAAACCAUGAUGACAAUCCAUUUCAAUGCAGACUUGCGCCCGGUUGUAGGAGAUCGCGUUGGAAUGCUGCACUGGGUCAUGGAUCCCGAGACCUCAGGGUUCAUCAUCGGAUAUGAUCUCUCCGCGAACCAAGUUCUGAUUUGCAACUUUGACCCAGAAAAGCACCCCCUCGAGUCGUGGAAUGAAAGUCUCUGCCGAAAGACUUUGAACGCAGCGAUCGGCCAGCACGUCAAGUACGACGUCCUCUCCUACCGGCCCUGGGUGCUGAGUCGGAAAGUCGCAAACCAAUAUAGAAUAGGACGUGUUUUCCUAGCCGGAGACGCCGCUCACUCCUUUCCUCCGACUGGUGGACUCGGGUUGAACUCUGGCCUGGGCGACGUCCACAACCUGGCCUACAAGCUGGCUGCAGUACAUCAAGGCUGGGCGCGUGAUGGCGUCCUUGACACAUACCACGCGGACAGGCGCCACGUCGCACUUGUCAACUCUCAGCAGAGUGUCAAGAAUGGCCAGAAAAUAUUUGGACUGCUCAAAGCUUUGGGAACGACGGAUAAAGACGUCCAGGUGGCGCGUGAGAACCUUCAUCGGAACCUCAAGGACCCUGACGCUGUGGUUGAAAUCAACCGCGGGAUUGAGGAACAGCGUGAACAUUUUGACAACCUUCAACUGCACAUUGGAUACGUUUAUGGGGAUACCCGGAUACCGGAGAGCGCGUCUCUUUACAAUCCGCUCUGCGUCCCAGGUGCGCGCCUUCCGCAUGCAUGGAUUCGCUUACUCGAACCCUCCGAUCUGGGCGUUGAGCUACCGGCAAUUGAUUCAUCCUACGUGUCAGAGCUGGCAGUAGAUGAAGUUGAGCGCAAAAGGUACUCUACGCUGGACCUUUGCCCGGUUGACACGUUCAUCCUCGUCGUCCAUACUGCUACCGCAGACCAGUGGCGAACAUAUGUCCUCGAGGCUCUCCGCACUUUGCCUCCAGACAUUAGAUCUACGCCUAAAGUCAAAACUGUGGUCAUGGGAAAGCACUUCGAGCUUGAGCCGUCUGAGCAUAGUACGGCCUGGAUCAACCUUAUGGGCCUCAACAGAGGACAGGCCACAUUAGUCCGACCCGAUCAGCAUAUUCUGGCGUGCUUCGAUACAGCCAACGUACAGUCUUCUGAUCUUCGCAAAGCUCUUGGCGAUCACCUGGGGUGGUAGGCGGCUAUGGAGUCCAACUUAUAGAUAAAUACCGGGCCGCUGCUCAAGGGCCCUGAGAUGAAUACAUUACAUCUAAAACUGGAUUUGGCUCUAGAGUCAAGUUCGACCCUUUUACCUGAGGCAGAAAACAAGUAUCACCCAGAAGACUGACAGUCUUAGACGGAGCACAGUGAUAUCUCCACAACGGCGUGGGAAUCGGAUACAUCUGUCCUAGGCCAGAUGGAGAUAUCUACCCCACAGAACGAGCACAGCCAUUACUUCGGAUUGAAGAUAAGUCCGGAUUCCCCACCACUCCACAGAAUGCAGCUCGUCUUUGCGGGGAUGGGUUAGCGUCAUCGGCGGAGGUGGGACAAAGUGGCGAUAAGAGCAAGGGAGAGCUGACCCCCUGGAUCCAAAUUCCCUGUGUAAAGCGGUG